UUACUAUCGAAAUAAACCAGUCGACAAGUUAAAUCCUUGAAACUUAAAAUGAAGAAAAUUAGUGUGGUUUUAUCGUUCGUAAUAUCUAUGCAAAUUGGCUUGUUGAAGACUACCUCAUUCAAAUCUAAAUCAGACGAAGAAAAAGAAGCCGAAGACUACAGUUUAUUAGACACUCACAGUUUGGAAUUUGUUAAAGUAAUCAAUGAGUUCAAGACCUACAGUCAGAAUCCAAUUACGUUUAACGACGACGAGCGUCUUAUGCUGACGUCUUCGACGACUUACAGUAAGUUCAAUGUCGAGGGCAAAGAAAAAGUGCUGAAAAAAUUCAACAAUAAAGUACAAGAGAUCAAAUGUACAAACGCCGUGAUCGCACAAACCAUCUUGCAACAUUCGAAGGCCAUCAUAAACGUGUCGUUCAACAGCGAGAGUGAACGCGUCACCAAGAUAAAACUAGUAUUUUACAAACUCAAAAUCUACUUGGCCAGAAUGUUGUCGGUACUGUUCAUUGCCAAAACCGUGUCGCCAAAUUGGUUGUGGCUGUUGUACUUUAGAGUUUACGGUGUCGUAGAUGCGGAAAACGAGAAGUUCACAGUACCGGAUGCCAAUUAUCUCGUCGGCAACAGUGAACUGAAUGCCGACAUUGCAAAAUGCAUACACAAGUGCGAAAACAUUUACCUGGACGAAUACUACGUUGAUGUCAACAGUUUGGUCGUGCCCAUCCGUUCGAUGGACGAUAUUGACGUUCUGAUGGAUAGAAUGUUCAAACCACACGACCACACGGCUUUCAAGUACGCCUAUAGACACCAGCAAGAUUUUACCAUUUCGAAUUUGUACUUGCAAGAACUUUGGGAUAACCACGCGUUGUUGUUCGAAGAAAUCCCCGGUGCGCUGAUCGACUGGGCUGCGACGGUAAGUGAUUUGGACGCGGCCAACAUUUUAAUGAGGAACCACGUUGCAAACCGGAUGUGGGUAAAGCAACCGUUCCGAGUCAAGAUCUAUCUGGAGCUUAUAGUGAACAUCGUGAUAGUCAGGUUGUACUUGUAUUCGUGGACACACUUGGCGGCCUAUCGGAAAGCCAGUGCGACCUGUUCAAAAGAACAUUCGGUAAAGAUUAAUCAAGAUUUUCAUUUGCUUUUCAAGUCAGCCGCCGAAGCGAUUCGCUACAAAGACGAAUUUAUGGACGAGCUCAUAGAAUUCCUUAACUUUUAUUAUCGAGAUGAAAUCGACACAAACCAAUUAACCACCAUGUCAAUGCGCAUUAAGAAGAAGGCCGAUUUGAUCUUGAACGAUUUUAAUAUAAAUCAAUGGUCGCUUACAGACGAUAAACCCGGCUUGAAACUUUUGGAAAACAAUUCGGCAGCAUUACAGAAAUAUUUAGAAAACAUUAAAAAAACAUUGCGUCACACCAAUAUCGAACUCAUUUUAUAUUUUCUUAACGGAGAACGAUAUAACGAAUAAAUGUUAGUCGAAUAGAUUUUAUUUGUUAAAAAGACGCUACAUGUCAGUUUUUUUUAGAUGAAAUGUAUUUAUAGAUAAAAAUAUUAAGAUUUGUUUGCUUACAAUUUGUUAAAAAAAUUAAAAUUUAUGAUAACCUUAUAAAAAAAAAAUUUACCCACAAAAACUCUUCAUUGCUACACUAAUAAAAGUACACUACAUUUUUAUUAUUAAAUUAGGAUUUCAUUUUGAAAAAAAAAAAAAUUUGGCAAUGACCAUUUAAG